AGGGUUGGAGAGAUGAUCAAUACGGUUCUCAGAUGUGGAUGUAUUAUCUGGAACUUCACAAGCUUGUAGUAAAAGAUGCUACACAGGAGCUAACAGAACGAAACCCAAUUGGACCUAUGGCAACAGCAGAGGUCAACCACAUGGGUGAUGUCGUACAUUCCCAUACAUUUAUACCUAAAGAACCAGGAAUGUACAGUUGUUUAAUGGAAGUACGGGACAUAUCAAACAAUUCAAGAAUAACCAGAAGAUUUGUACUUUAUGACAAUGUAUCGGAUGUUGAACUGAAUAAAGACAGUCCAUAUGGACUGCACAUAUCGUCUGCACAAAACCAUACGGAGUUCAAGUGGCAGUCAACAGGAAAAGAAGGUGAAAAUACGCCAAUCAUUGUGGAUUGGACAGGUUACUUCAUGAACAAAGCGCACGAGGACGGGUUUUACAACAAUGGGAUCCAGAGGUUCAAGCCUCAGUUUGAAAAUUUAGAAAAUGAUGGUAUCUUAUUCUCCCGAAAAUUUGUUGAUUCAAAGCUGGAUGACGAUGAAAGCGAAAGAACACGUGAUCCAAUACCAAACAUCCAUGGUAUUGUUCAGUUCGAGUACCAGUAUACCAGAGACGUUGUCUCCAAGCAGCCUGGAGAAAACUGGACGGUCGUCUUUCCUCUCAGCGAGUCCACUACAAUAAUAGAACAAAUGAGCAGCGGUGACCAGAUAAAGGUAUGGAUACGAGCGCGUGAUAUUCUUAACAACACAAAGAUCGAUUCUACAAUGGUUACCACCGAUUUUUCCCCACCAUCAGUAUCCAGUAUAGAUGAUAACACGACAACAUACAUGGUACUCAAUACUAAAGACGGACCAUUUAACUACUCCAGCAGACUGCAUCUGACUGCUAGUGAUACAGAGAGUGGUGUUCGCGAAUUAGGUCUGGAUAUUUCCAUAAAGGUGCCUGGUCAACCCGACAUCAAUGUGAAGAAGACUGUUAAAGCAAACACGGACGAUACAAGACAUCCUGACAGGGACGUCAGCUGUAUAGAAUCAAAGGACAAGAGUACCUGUUUUCUGCAGGAUCAGACAGUAUAUUUAGACAACUGUUGGUUGACUGUGCCCGAGCAAUCCCACCUAUCUUCAGCCAGUGCUACUGUGAACGUCCUUGCCUACAACCAGGCCAUGCUGACCAGUAGUGUCAGUUUUGAGAUUCCGUCUGUCAUCAAAUUAACAGGACUGGAAAGAUAUAAAGGGCCAGAGACGGUCAGAGUGGAAAAUGUGGUGGCCGGAAGUUUCCGAAUCGUAUGGGACUUCCCGAAAAAGAUGUCUUGCUAUGCGAUACAGACAGAAAUCAUAAUAAUAUUUUAUAAACGGAAUGAUGAUGGCACCAUAGAAGUGGUAACGCACACUGUACCAGGAUCCCGCACUUAUUUCGAAAUUGCAUGGCUGGACCCAGAUACGGAAUACGAGUUUACAUUCACAUCUAAUAUAAAUGGAAGGAAAAGCCAACCAAUGUCGUUCAAAGCUAGAACAAAAGCCUUGCCAGAUCCAGUUGGACUUAUUGUUUUGCGGCUGUAAGAGUCUUAGCCAUAGUUGCGAUUGUUAUUGUAUUGUUUGUGUUACUUGUCCGACGAGGCUUCAUCCAUCCAUCAACAAGAAGGAGUGCGACAUCCGAAAGAAAUAUAGAAUAGAACAAAACAGAACUUUAAUUUUGACAUGUAUAAUGUACAUAGUCAUAAUAUACAUAUAUACAAUAUAAUAACCAUGAUAACAGCCAUAGCGAGCAAAACAAGUAUAAAGAAAACAAAAUUCAAAUUUACAGAUUUGAAUCUAAAGUGUACAGAGGAUAAACAAUCACAUAUUUAACAUAGCAUCUCUGAUACAUAAUGUUUCUUUUACAAAUUUAGAUACAUUUGUUAGAAUGUGUUUAUCUGAUGAAUUGAGUAUCUCAGUGAGUUUAAAUUUACAGUCUGUUGCUAAAAUGACGUGAAAUGUACUUGUUUCUAAGAUCAUUAAAACAUGAGCAUUUGAAUAGAACGUGAAAUUCAUUUUUUUUAUUCAGCAUUUGAAUUACAACACAAACAUUUUCGUUCAUUGUUCGGAAUAUAAUUUCUUGAGUAAACGAGAUGUUUGUACUCUUUUAAUAUAAUACAUAAACUCCCAAUAUUCAAAAAAGAUUUCGAAAAUAGAAUGGUAAAAUGUCCAAAUAGACCGUACUCAAGUGUAGACUUAACUAAUUUAUGAUUUGGUAAAACUCCAGACACCCAUAUCAUUCUUUGAACAAAGCAAUCAACUACUCUUUGCUUAAACGUCAUACGAAUGGAUUUAAAAUCAGAUAAUUUAUCAUCAGAAACAUACAAAAAGCCAUACUGACUUAACAUUUUUUUCACAGUAUAGAUUAAUCAAUCUUACAGUUUUUGCCAUAUUGCACAGCUUAUAAAAAAUAAAAUCUGUUAAAUGAUCCUUUACAAGAAUAGACAUAAAAUUAAAAUACAACCAAGCUACAUAACAGAAUCGGUUUGAUUGUAUCAGUUCAUGAAAGGUAAUGAAAUGUGCAACACCUCUCUCGCCCCCUAGCACCGGCUUAAGUGGACUUCUAUCAUGGUGAAAAUGAAUAUACUCUAUGAUAAACUCUAUAAGUAUCAGAACACUGAGCCUAAGUACGGAGGGACUUUUUACAACCACCACACGGCACUUAAAGACCUCUGUUGCGAUAGUUAAUAAAAUAUGUUAUAUGACCCUUUGGAAGCAAAGAAUGCAACCAAGCAACAUAAUAUCUGACUCGGUUUGAUUCAGUCUGUUCAUGCAAGGAUACAAUGCGAUGAAAUGCGAUGCGAUGCAAGACAUGGCAAAUCAAAUCAAAGCAAAGCAAACCAAUAAUUAGGGAUGCGCAUGCGUAAACAAGAUGGUUGUGAUUUUGUUUUAAAAACAAAGAAAAUGUAAACGUUUUAUAACUUUACUGGUUCUUGAAGGGAUUCACAGCCAGAUUAUUUGCCGAUAGAGUCGUCAUAAAGUCACCUAUGUCUGUAUAAGUAUAACGAUUCCUCAAAACCUCAGCUGAAUCAUAAAACAGACUUUUACCUGAGCCAGGUGGAGGUUACAUACCGCUAUAUUGAUGGGAAGGCGUAAACGAGUAAAAUAUUCCCUGGGACAGAAACCAUCCAGCAAAAUGCACAAAAUAACUGACAAUUCUGCAACAGUUUAUAACCCAGAUUACGUAGCCGGUAGCGAAAGUGAGGCCCCUGACUACUUUAAGCCAUUUGAAUCAGACAAAGACUACGCACCUGGUAAUACUCCACACAAAUUUUCUAUAAACAUGUCAAAAUUCAGUGAAUUGAGUGCUAGACUUGCCCCUAUACUUGUUAGAGACUUCAAAGCAGCUCUCAGAGCUGACAUAAUUUACGAUUGAUAUCCAAGAGCUGGUGAGACAGGAAACUAAAAGCCUCAGAGAUGAAAUUAAAUCUUUGAAGUCUAGCGUAGCCGAACUAGAAACGGAACUCAAAUCUGAAAGGCAAAACGCAAAGAGCUUGAACAAUACGGUAGAAGAAUGUACUUGGAUAUUUCAAGCAUACCGGGAGACACUGGCUCGCCUGACAAAAAAUGUGGAACAUAAUAUUCUGGACCAUGCCAAGCUACAUAACCUGGACCUGAAAAGUUCAGAUAUUGAUAAAUGCCAUAGAAACUUCAAACCCGAUUUAUUGGUGAACCGUAAAGUCAUCGUUAUGUUCACCAGUUCCAAGGCCAUGCAAAGGGUUUAUGCGACCAGGAAAGACCUUGUUGUCGGUAUUUUCGUGCAGGAUAACUUGUCGCGUAAUUAAGAACAUGGACCAGAUCAGGGCGAUUCUUGAAGGAAGACCAUCCCCUCCGAGGAGUUUCUAAUACUGUUAGACCAAACGUCUGUUUACAAAUAGUGCAUUGUGCUACUUAAUGACCUUCGGCUUCAAUAAUAUUGAUCAAUGUAUAUAAAAGGCAUAUAGUAUAAUACAAGUGUAUAUAAUUUGUAGUCUUACCUGUCGAUAACAAUCUGUAGCAGACGAUUAUUCUAUAUCUUUUUUAUUUAUCAAAUCGUGAACGUUUAUUUGCAACACGUGACCGUACAAUAUAUUAUUGUAUUGGACGCACGUGCGUACAAAAAUAACCCUGUAUUUUAUCCGUAUUUGGACGGUUCAGCAGUCCCAUGUCAAACAUACGAUAAAGCCUGAAACGCGUGAAAAUGUUCCGAAUGUAAAUCGGGUGAAGUAGGCGCUCUAUGAACAGAGUUUGAUUAUGCAUCAUGAAAUCAGAAAAGGCAGAAAAAACAAUAUUCAGUGAAUCAUUUUUUAUUUAAACUAGAUCUAAAAUAAAAUAGAUAUAGAAUAAAAAGGUUAUUUUACGUUGUACCCAGCGGUACAAUAAAAGGUUAUUUAACGUUGUACCCAGCUGGGAAAACCAUAUUAGACUCGCCUAGCGGCUCGUCCAGUAUG